AUGUCAUCGUCGAGUAAUGGAACAGCUAGUGUUGAAUCACUUGCUGAAGUAUUUCGUUGUUUCAUCUGUAUGGAAAAAUUACGUGAUGCUCGUCUUUGUCCACAUUGUUCAAAAUUAUGUUGUUAUCCAUGUAUUCGAAGAUGGCUAACAGAUCAACGUCAACAAUGUCCACAUUGUCGAGCAACACUUCGUUUACAUGAUCUUGUAAAUUGUCGAUGGGCUGAAGAAGUAACAAGUCAACUUGAUAGUUUGAAAGUUAGUGAAAUGAGUAAACAAAAACGUGAAGAAAAAGACAAAUGUGAAGUACAUCGAGAAAAAUUAAGUGUUUUCUGUUCGUCAUGUUCGAAAUGUAUUUGUCAUCAAUGUGCAUUAUUUAAUGGCGCUCAUGCUGGUCAUCUUUUUGUUCCACUCGAUGAUGUUUAUCAAGCAAAUCUAUCAGCUGUUAAUGAACAUAUUGGACAAUUAAAACGACGUCAUGUUGAACUUAUUUGUUUGAUACAGGAUGUUGAACGAAAUGUAGAAAGUGUUAAAGCAGCAAAAGAUGAAAGACUUCGAGAAACACGAAAUGCUAUGCAUGUUAUGCAAGCUAAACUUGAUGAACAACUUAAAGUUAAAUUAGAUGCUUUAAAUGUUCAACGUCUUCAAUUUUCACGUGAAAUAGAAUUAAUUGAUCAUGUUCUUCAAGAUAUUGAACAUCGUGUAUCAACAAGUGGUAAAGCAGAAGUCAUUGGUAAACAACAAGAUCUUCUUAAUUCUAUUCAAAUGAUUUAUCGAAAGCCAAUGACAAGUUUUGUAACAACACCUGUUCCAUGUGAUUUUCCUAGUGAAAUUGUUCCACAGUAUGAUUCAAGUACAUUUGUUAUAACAAAUUUUUCUAUACUUCGACAUAAUGUUGAUCCAAUUUAUAGUCAACCAUUACAUAUUAAUGGUUUAACAUGGCGUUUAAAAGUUUAUCCAGAUGGUAAUGGUACAGUACGUGGUACAUAUUUAUCUGUAUUUCUUGAAUUAACUAAUGGUUUAAAUGAACCAUCAAAAUAUGAAUAUCGUGUUGAAAUGAUUCAUCAAUUAAGUAAAGAUCCAUCAAAAAAUAUUGUUCGAGAAUUUGCAUCUGAUUUUGAAGUUGGAGAAUGUUGGGGUUAUAACCGAUUUUUUUUACUUGAUGCAUUAAUAAGUGAAGGAUUUUUGGAUACAGAUAGUGAUAUAUUAAUCUUACGUUUUCAAGUACGUCCACCAACAUAUCAACAAAAAUGUCGUGAUCAACAAUGGUAUAUAACACAUGUUGAAAAUGAUAAUCAUCAUUUACAUAAUGAAAUAAAAAUUUUACGAGAUAAAAUACAUUUUCUUAUGUCAACUAAACGACGUAGUUUACCAUCAACAGAAAAAAAUGAUAAUGAAGAAAUAUUUUCAACUAGUCCAAUUAAUGAUAAUAAUCAACAAACUGAUGAUUCAAGUAAAACUGAUACUACCGAAACAAUACGAAGAGAUGAUCACGAUGAUAAUAAUGGCGAUGACGAUGAUGACGACGACGAUGACGAUGAAGACGAUGAUGAUGAACAUACAUCUCUAGAAUCUGGUGCAUCAUGUCCAAUUGAUUCAGAAGAAUUAAGUACAGAUGAUGAUAAUGAAGACGAUGAAAAUGAUAUCGAUGCUGAAAAUGCAUUAACUGAAAAUGAUGUUGAAGGUAACCCAUCUUGUGAUAUAACAACUGUUACUCUCAGUAGUCCAUCAGCACAUAAUGAAUCGAAUCGUCAUGAGCAUUAUUCUCUCAUUGUUGCUUCGCCUGCUAUGAGAUCCAAUGAUGUCAUGGCUCCUACAACAACAUCACAAACAGCAGCAUCAGCAGCAGCUGCUAAAUCCGAUGUAAUGACAACAGAUCCUGUUACAUUUAGUGUAUUAUCCGCUGAUAUCGAAGAUAUUGUUCAACAUGCACUUCAUGUAUGGAAAAAUGAUGCAAUAGUUAUAAAUAAUCAAAAUAAUACGAAUGAAGCAUUACCAUUUAAUAAUGAAGAAAAUUUUUUAUUUGCUGAUUUUUUACAACGUAAUUCAGAUGAACAACAAAAUAGUUUUAUACAUCCAAUGGAUAAUCAAGCACAUAUUGCAUCAAUAUUUCGCCCAAUAACACAAUCUAGUACUGAUGACUCUUCAGCUGCUUCUGCUUCAACUGUUAUUCAUACAUAUCAUCCACAAUAUCAAACAUCAUUAAAUAAUUUAAUGUUACUUAAUUCUCAGAUUCAACGUUCAAUAUCUCCAUCUGAUCUUAGUCCACAACAAAGACCUCGUAAUCGUCAUCAUCAUCAUCACCAUCAUCGUCAUUCAGGACUACCACGACGAUCACAAACAGCUCCAGCCAUGAGUAAUGAUGAACAGCAAAUAUCUGAACACAAUAAAACUGACAUCUAA